AUAGAAGAGAGACAUAAAAAAUCAUAGGAAAAUAUAUAAUUGGCAUGAUGAUCAAGUUUGUCCUGUUAGCUCUUCUAGUGGUGAUCAUCUCUCCGGCUUGGGCCGAGAAGGACCUGAUGAUAACUGAAUGCCACAAUGCACAAGUCCCGACCACAUGCAUGCAGUGUCUUGAAUCCGACCCAACCUCCCUUCAAGCUGACCCUGUUGGUAUCGCCGGCAUCGUCAUACACUGUCUCGACUCUCGCCUCCGUAUCAUCACCAACAACAUAACGGAUCUGUUGUCAAAAGAAGACGAAGCACAAGUAAAGAAAGUUUUGAAGGCUUGCAAUCAGAACUUGCUGAAGGAGGUACCUAGGAAACUGUCGGAAGCCAAAACGAAUCUAGGAACCCGUCAUUACGACAAAGCCGCUGAAUCGAUAAAGCUUGCACUUGGCUACCCUUGGAGCUGUCGUUCCAGUAUCCAAAAUGUCAAGUUUGAUGAGUCUUUGUUUGGAGAGUCUUUGGAAGUAAUUAGCCAAAUCAAUAUAUAUGCACAACUCUCUGAUGCUGCUAUGAGGAUCAUUGAUCGCUUCUAAUUAUCGCUUCUGUUUCCUCCAUAUAUGUAUGUAACGCUUACAUUAAAAUAAAUAAUUCCCUCCUUUAUAUUAUACGAGAGGUGUGUUCUUCUA